UGGUUUUGGAGAGAGGUACAGACAGAGGAAGCUGACUAAACAGAGGAAGCACAACAACAAAGAGGAAGUUUUGACAAAUAUAGAGUUAUAAUUUAUUUGGAGAGUUUCAAACAUAAAAAGGGUUGAGAUAAGGGAAGGGAAAGGAAAGUGACAUAGAUGUAUGAAUCCUCUGAGUAGCAUGGAGUUGAUUUUUCUCUUUUUGGUCUUUCUUGCUGUAGGAUUACGAGGGGCUGAAGCCAUGUCACUAAAAGGAGAGAAGAGGGGUCAAAUCUCAAUAACAUGCUCUCACUCCAACGCAUAUUCCAAUGUCAAGUAUUUCUGCAGGGGAGCGUGUUACGAUGAAGACGUCCUCAUAAGUACCAGAGAAAAGAAAGACCAUACCCAGCGGAAAUACAGCAUUAGAGAUGAAGGAAACACAUUCUACGUAACCAUCUUUGACCUGAAAAAGGAUGACGAAGGAACUUACUGGUGUGGAAUUGACAGAGUUGGUAUUGACACAUACAAUAAAGUAGUCCUCACAGUAAGUGAAUCCACUGACGAUGGCUUGCAACGAUUAAAUUCAGAGAAGCUGGUGUAUAUUGGAGCAGGUCUCGGGGUGGUUGUGCUGGCCCUGGCUAUCGUACUGCUAAUAUUCUUCAGGCAUCGAAAAAGAGACAUCAGCGCAUCUUCUGGCAAGGGCCUUAAUACGGUCUAUGCUGCACCAUCCAGUCUGACACAAGACGCCAAACACCAAACCACCACUGUCUCUUCAACAGCUAACAAGGAUGAAGACACAGAGGGAAGGACUGACAGCAUCGUCAUCUCGUCAGCCGUUCGGCGCCAAGAUACCAGCGGAGGCGUCACCGAUCCGUCAAAGACUCAGAACCAAUCAGACGGCCUCUUUUACUCCAGCGUCAGCUUCAGCAAACGCACAGACAGCAGCCCUGUUACAGCUGACCAUGCAGAGGUCACAUACUCCACCAUUGCACACACAUCAACAGACAAAUCAUCAGUCUAUUGUAAUGUCUGAACUCAGUGCUGAUCAUCUUUAGAGUUAAGUGCUUUAUCUUCCUCUGCUGCAAGAGUAUGUUUUAUGCUGAACAGCAAAUACUGUUAUUUGCUACUAUUUUAUUAAUCCUACAUUAAUUUAUUAUCUCACGCAGUACAGAUAUUAGCUGAAAGAUGUCAAUAACUCUUCUAAAUAUAAUUUACAAAAAUUAUAUAUCAUAUCCAGUAUAUUUUGGAAUUUUUUGCAAUAAAAUAACAUUGUAAAAUCAA